GACUCUGAAGUUGACGGAUGUGUACGCACAGACUCCCGUUUGUUAAACUUUCUCGUUCGUCUCUUAGGAAGUUUCUUCGACUUGGUGUUUUAGUUUUUAUCGUCUCCAACGGAUUUCGGAUUGGACAUUUCUUCGUUGAAUCGUCCUGAAGGUUGGUGAACGGGAAAUGAAGUUGAAAUUGGCUCCGGGUGUCCUUUGGUUAAUUGCCGGGUUGGCCAUAGAAGUGGCUUCAGCUGCGAAUAUUCUAUUCUUAUCGCCGUUCACGUCGUACAGCCAUACGCACGUCUUCUUCUACAGCAUAAAAGCUUUGGCCAGCCGCGGGCACACCAUUACUCAUUGGAAUGGUUUAUUUCCGAGAGAAGAUCUAGCCAACGUAACGCACUUGCAUUCGGCCUCGCUUCACAAAAUGAACAGCCGCCAUGAAAUCGGUUUCAACAGCAACAAUCCCAUCGCACUUAUGCUGACAUUACCCGAUCGACUAUCAACCAUAUGCAAAGCGGUUUACAGAGAGCCCGUCUUCCAUCAGUUGAUUGCCAGCCAAGAGCAUUUCGAUCUGAUCGUUAUAGAAACAUUCAUGAACGACUGCAUGUUGCCGUUGGUUCAACAUUUUCAAGCGCCCUUUAUCUACCUGAGCGCCCUCCCUCCGCUACCUUGGAUGUUGGACUACACCUGUUCCCCCUUGUCGUUUCAACAGUUCCCCGCCCUUUGUACGACUUUCACCGAAGAAAUGAACUUCCCUCAACGGGUGGUCAAUGUUUUUCUCAACCUGAUGGUCAUCUACUACAGAGAUUGGUUCAUCCUACCCAGAGUGGAUCAAAUUGCGGCAGAAGCUUGGAUUAAUUCGACUGUUGCCCUUUCACCUGUCAAGGAAAUCGAAAGGAACAUGAGCCUCUUAAUUACCAACAGUCAUCCAGUUAUCAAUUAUCAGUACUUCAAAUCAGGAUUGAUCAUUGAAGUUGGAGGUCUUCAUUUAGUUCCACCCAAAGAAUUGCCACAGGAAGUCGAGUCUUUCGUCAAUGGGUCAGGCGAUGCAGGAUUUAUUGUCCUUAGUUUCGGCUCUAUUCUUCGAGGAGCGAGCAUGCCGGAGGCGACACGUAAAAUUUUCUUGGCCGCUUUCAGUCGCCUGCCGUUCCGUGUCCUGUGGAAGUGGGAAGAUGAGUUGGGUAUGAAAGAUCUACCUGCCAAUGUGAAACUUUCCACCUGGCUUCCACCGCUACAAGACCUACUGGCACACCCUAAAAUGCGCUUGCUAAUGACACACGGUGGGCUGUACAGCAAUCAAGAGACAGUGUGGAGUGGUGUGCCUUUGAUCGGCUUUCCGGUAUUCGGAGACCAGGUGAACUAUGUCGUCAAAGCUGAAAGAGACGGAUACGCUAUCUGUUUGGAUUGGAAGACAUUGACCGAAGACAUCCUGUACAAUGCUAUUCAAGAAAUCGUGACCAAUCCAAAGUAUAAGAAAAAUGCCAUGAAAUUGUCCUAUUUGAUGCGCGAUCAAAUUGAACUGGGUCGACCCCUUGAGCGUGCAGUACACGCAAUAGAGUACGUCAUCCGUCAUCGAGGGGCUGCCCAUCUACGGCCAGCUGCUUGUCACCUGUCUCCUAUCCAGCGGGAAUCGAUGGAUGUUACGUUCAUUUACACGGCAUUUUUCGUGGCUUUAAUAUACCUCAUUAUUUGUCUUUCCCGUUUCACGUUGCGGAAAGUUUCAUCCGUCGUCAAAGUGGACAGCCUGAAGAAAAGCCAGUAAAAAUAAGCUCUUUGUUAGCUAGCUCACUGCAAUCAGCUCAUUUGGUUCUAGACUUUGUCAAGUUUUCAACCAACUUAAUGAUAUAUCUGAGAGAUAAAAAUAGCCCAUCUUUCUUUUGAAAUUAGAUUUUUUCUGUUACUCGCUUUGAAAAAACUAUUUUGUAGAAAUUUCUUUUUAAAAUCCAAAACGAGUUUAAUUCCACGAAUAAAAAAAACUCGACUGCAAUUGUAGGUAGUUAAAGUGAGUCAAUUUUUUACAAAAAUAUUUCAACAACAAAAUAAAUUAUUCAACAUCAUAAGGAAAAAAAAAUACAAUUAUACUGCUCAAAGAUUGUA